AUGGCGACCGACACGACAACAGAAGCACAGAUGCCCCCCCCGCCGCAGACCUUCGUUAGGAAAGGGUUCACAAUCACGACCCAGAAACUGCCUAUUCUCAAGGCCGCGCCUAUUGAAGCCAUGGCGAACAAGCUGGGGAUCACUCCGCCGGAAAUGAUAUUCGGCGACAACUUUGUGGCCAUUGAUCAUAACGCCAGUGGAUGGGGUAUAUCGUUCAAUGCAUACGAUGCCCUGGACCGAGUCGACAAGACGGGUGCAGCAAUGCUCAAGGUUGCAUACUCGAAGGAAUGGCAGAAGAGCAGGGAACACACUCAUGAGGGAAUCAAAGAGGUGGUGAAACCAUUUGACUGGUCUUACAGCACCGAUUACAAGGGAACCCUGCGUUCUGAUGCCGCCGCACUAAGCUCUUCCGACGUUCAAAUACCGAUUGAGCUCCUCAAAAGGCCCGAUCCAAUCCUUUUUUUCGACGAUGUAGUACUAUACGAAGAUGAAUUAGCGGACAAUGGGAUCUCCAUGCUAUCUUGCAAAAUUCGCGUUAUGCCGGAUCGUCUUCUCUUGCUGGCUCGAUUCUUCAUGCGAUUAGACAACGUGGUCUUCCGGCUGAGAGACACGAGGAUAUACGUGGAUUUCAACAAGGCAGAGAUUAUAAGGGACUACCAGGCCCGAGAAAUGGGCUAUGAGGACGUGAGAAAGGCUUUGGUCACCGGUCGGGAGGACAUUGCAGCGAUAAUGAGGGAUCCAAACAGACUUGCCCAGAUUCUGCCGCUUGUUGAUAUCCAAUUCAAUUGCCAUGUCAAGAAAACUACUGUGUCCUACUUGCUCUUUGAGCUCACACUUUGGCGUAAUCGCGAAAGAACAGGUAUUGUCUUAUAUCCUAUUCUCGUCAAGUGUUGGCUCAGUCAACUAAUCAAUCCUCACAAGCAGUACAAGUCUGUACAUACUCGAUCUCUCUCCUUAGCGGCUCAUCGGAGGUACGAUGAUACAUGGAAAGACAGUUCAAGCUCGCUGUUAGGACGAUCCGAGGACUGUGCUUCCCAAUGUCAACCAAACCUCCGCCCCUCCGCACGCCGAAACUUCUCGGCGACAACAGCAGCUCCCUCCGGAAUACUCAACAGCCUAGCUUCUCGUAAGGGAGGUGCGGCAGAGACCUAUGUUUCAUAUGGAUUUACUCAGAAAUUGUACGAAGCCUGCUCCUCGCCGGCAGAUUACCGGAUUCCACAACUAGCCCAGAAAGGUGCCGAAAUCCCCAAGACUGCCAGCGGGGAGGAUCUCGGGGUUGGAGAAGGGUGGUGGUAUAAAGACCUUGAUUUGCCUCCUACCUUUUCUACAUGGUCCCAAGUAACAUUCCUGCACAUGUACCUCUUGACAGUCCGUCUCCGUGCUCUUCCAUCGAUAGAGAGCGUCCGAACACAUUCGCGCCAUUUAGUGGAUCACUUCUCCCUCAACGCCGAGGAGCGCAUGGCCACGCUACACAACAUUUCCAGCCGAAGCAUUCGCAACAAAUACCUCAAAGACCUUUUCAUCCAAUGGCGAGGCGUUGUCGCUGCAUACGACGAGGGUCUAGUGAAAGGCGACGCAGUCCUUGGCGCCGCCGUAUGGAGGAAUAUAUGGAAAGCAAGUGCAACCACACACGACGGUCAGGAACUCGAUUGGUCGCAAAUAGCGACUGUCGUGGCUUAUAUGCGACGUGUGCUGUCGGAAUUGUCUGAAAUGAGCGAGGCUGAUCUAGUUUUUGGUGUGGAAGGAGCAGGAGGAAAAGGGAAAAAGUCAUCUAUCUUUGGGUUUCAUGAGAUUGACCUGAAACUCGCUGGGAGGAAGUAA